AGCCCGGCACUCUCUGCUGUGCAGCAGGAAAAGCUAGGAUGGCAGUGAACAAGGGCCCCAUGCUGCUGGAUGGAGACCUUCCUGAGCAGGAGAACGUGCUGCAGCGCGUCAUGCAGCUGCCUGUGGUGAGCGGCACGUGCGAGUGCUUCCAGAAGACCUACGCCAGCACCAAGGAAGCCCACCCCCUGGUGGCCUCCGUGUGCAACGCCUACGAGAAGGGUGUGCAGGGCGCCAGCAGCCUGGCUGCCUGGGGCAUGGAGCCGGUGGUCCGCAGGCUGUCCACCCAGUUCACAGCUGCCAAUGAGCUGGCCUGCCGAGGCCUGGACCACCUGGAGGAAAAGAUCCCAGCCCUACAGUACCCUCCCGAAAAGAUCGCCUCAGAGCUGAAGGACACCAUCUCCAGCCGCCUUCGCAGUGCCCGCAACAGCAUUAGCAUGCCCAUAGCGAGCACUUCGGACAAGGUCCUGGGGGCUACGCUGGCCGGCUGCGAGCUGGCCUGGGGAGUGGCCAGGGAGACUGCGGAGUACGCCGCCAACACCCGAGCAGGCCGGCUGGCCUCUGGAGGGGCCGACCUGGCCCUGAGCGGCAUUGAGAAGGUGGUGGAGCUCCUCCUCCCUCCAGCCAAGGAGGAGUCAGCCCCUGCUCCUGGACGCCAGCGGAUUCAGAAACCUCCCAAGGCCAAGCCGAGCCUCCCGCGCAGGGUGGGGACCCUGGCCAACACCCUCUCCCGACACGCCAUGCAGACCACAGCCUGGGCGCUGAAGCAGGGCCACUCCCUGGCCAUGUGGAUUCCGGGCAUGGCGCCCCUGAGCAGCCUGGCCCAGUGGGGCGCAUCGGCCGCCAUGCAGGUAGUGACCCGACGACAGAGCCAGGCGCGUGUGCCCUGGCUGCACAACCUCGCUGCUGCCCAGGGUGAGGACCACGACGACCAGACAGACCCAGAGGGUGAGGAGCCGGAGGAGGAGGAAGAGGAGGAGGAAUUGGAGACAGAGGAGAACCCGCUCAGUGAGGUGGAGGCCCUGCCCGGCCCACAAGGCCUCCUGGGCACUGUGGUGCACACCCUGCAGAAGACGCUUCAGGGCACCAUUUCGGCUGUGACGUGGGCACCCAAGGCUGUGCUGGGCACGGCGGGGAGGGUGCUACACCUCACAGCGGCCCCGGCUGUCUCUCCGAUCAAGGGGCGGGCCAUGUCCCUGUCGGAUGCUCUGAAGGGUGUCACCGACAACGUGGUGGACACCGUGGUGCAUUACGUGCCGCUCCCCAGGCUGUCGUUGAUGGAGCCCGAGAGCGAAUUCCGGGACAUCGAUAACCCGCCUCCGGCUGACCCCCAGCGCCGGGAGGCAGAGCGCAAGGGGUCGGGGCCGCAGCCCGCCAGCCCCGAGCCCGCGCCGCACCCGGCGCAGCACCGUGGAAGCCUGCGCGGCCGCAGCUCCGACCAGGGGGACUCCGGGGACACGCCCGCCGCGCCGCGCCCCGGAUUCCUGGCCACGCCCCGCGAGAAGCCGGCGCGCAGGGUCAGCGACAGCUUCUUCCGGCCCAGCGUCAUGGAGCCCAUCCUGGGCCGCGCGCAGUACAACCAGCUGCGCAAGAAGAGCUGAGCCGCGCUACCCCGGGCCUGGGCUGGGCUCCCUGAGCGAGAACCCACGCUUCCAAGCCGACUCCUCUAGAGGGUCUCUUGGGAGCCCGAGCCUCCUGGCCACCGUGCCGCCCAGGCACGCAUUUCUGAAGCGUCUCUUUUGGGGUCUGCCUCGCUCAGCAGCUUGCUCUGAUGUUAUGUCUUUUCCCCCUAUAGGAGUUGUUGCUUUAACUUGAUCUCUCACUUCUUUAACCAAAUUGUGGCCAGUGACAGUUUUAGCCUUGAGCGCAGAGAUCCCUGGCUACCUAAGCUCUCGGCAGACCGCUCUGAAGGGAUCGCCAGGUGCAAAAGCACUUGUGCAUUUAUGUAGCGUUAGGGUCACUCUCGGAGUACCAGCUGCCCUGUGCAGGCAGAGCCCCGGCUUGUCCUCUAUGGCGCCACCUUCUGGUCGACAGCCACAUUUCCAUUUGCAUGGUCACUUAAUGCUGGCACCCCAAUAGUAAUCUUCACCCAACAGUCUAUGUUCUCCAGACCAUAUAUACAGACUCCAUAGUUGCUAUUCACGGCAAGUCCUCUUUUUGGAAAUGUUAAUAGUAGUUGGUAAAUAAUAAAGUAGUUGGUAAAUAAUAAAUAAAGUAAUAGUUGGUAAAUCUAGGAGAUGCGUAAAUAUAAUUUAAAAAUUCAAACAUUGCCAAAGUGUGUUUUCCUCUCUGAAUUGUCCAGUUUGCCUUUGUAAGAACAACCAUGGUAUGAUCAGUCCCAUGUGUAUGCUUCUGGUUACGGGCUGUGUGUAUGCAAGUGCUUGCAUAUAUACUCACCUCUAUGUACCCAGGCUGUGGGAUGGUGUGCUCAACUGCCUUUCUCACUUAACAGUACAUCUGUGGGCCAGGCGCAGCGGUACAUGCUUGUAAUCUCAGCACCCUGGGAGGCUGAGGCAGGAAGGUCAGAAGUUCAAGCCCAGCCUGGGUGAUUU